AUGUGGAAGCCACCAAUCAAUUUCAUUACGCUGCAUUAUGCCUACAUUCUCAGUUUCGGCAUUUUAGCUUUGAUCAUCAUUUAUCCCUAUGGAAAUCUUUCCGCUAUUGAUGCGUACUACUUUGGUGUCAGCGCGUCAACUGAAUCUGGACUGAACCCUGUUGAUGUCAAGGCUCUCAAAACGUACCAGCAGAUCUUCGUCUAUAUCACACCCAUCGUUACAAACCUGGGAUUCAUCAAUGUUAUUGUCGUUGUUGUACGACUACGUUGGUUUAGUCAGAAGCUGAAGGGUGUCGCAGCGGCACACACUAGACCCAGAAGCUCCCGACUGUCUUUCAGUCAGGUCCAAAAGACUACCGAUGCUUCCGAUACACGAGAGCUCGAAGCAGGUCUCACUGGCGAGACAGUCUCGGAGAAGAAGCCUGUUCCUGUUUCCACUGAAGAGAAUUCGAACGAUGAGCCUUCUGCUCCCCGCAUCACGUUUGCACCCGACCCUCGACACACUGCCAAAGAAAAAGGCACUUUGUACAUUCCUGGCCCACGAGAACGCGACAAUGGUCAACCCAUCACUUCAAUGUCCGAUGAUGAAGACGAAGAUGAAGAUCGUAUCAAGCCCGUCGCAGAAUCAAGCUAUACACGACGUCGCAACCUGUCAGAGACUAGAAGCAUGAACACUCGAGCCAUGAGCAAGGCAAAGUCCGUAGAUCGCGCUGUGUCAUCUAUAUUCGUGCUCGGAAGUACCGCAAGCACCCACCGUCGUAGCGAAGACAAGCCACGGAGAGAACCCACCAUCGAUCUGGCUUCCAUGACUCGAGAAGAGCUAGGUGGUGUUGAGUACCGUGCGCUGCGCGUCUUGCUCAAGGUCACGGUCGGAUACUUUGUUGGACUACACACGUUCGGAGUCAUUUGCCUGCUCCCAUGGAUUCAUAUGGCACCAGCAAAGUACCAAGACUACCUUGCCUCACAGGGUCAAGACAAGACAUGGUGGGCGUUUUACUCAGCGCAAACCAUGGUCGAUAACCUCGGCCUGACACUUACGCCAGACAGUAUGAUAACCUUCCGUGACGCAACCUGGCCGAUGCUAGUGAUGUCGUUCCUCGCAUUCGCCGGUAAUACGUUUUAUCCUGUCUUCCUGCGCCUCCUCAUCUGGACCAUCUACAAGCUUGCGCCCGCGAGGUCCUCGCUCGAAGAAUCGACACGCUUCCUACUCGACCAUCCGAGAAGAUGCUACACACUGCUUUUCCCUGCCACUGCAACCUGGAUCCUAGCCUCCAUCCUCUUCGCUCUGAACUUCAUCGACACUCUGCUCAUCGUUGUCCUCGAUCUUGACAACCCAGAGGUAAACGUCUUACCUGUCGGGCCCCGCAUCCUCGCUGCCAUCUUCCAGUCUGCAUCGUCUCGCCACACCGGUACGUCGACGUUCAACCUUGCGGCUGUCAACCCAGCAGUGCAGUUCAGUCUUCUUGUCAUGAUGUACAUCUCCAUCUACCCGAUCGCGAUCUCUAUCCGUAUGAGCGAGAGCUACGAGGAGAAAUCUGUGGGUAUCUAUGGUGCAGAUGAGAACCUGGAUGAGCAGAAGGGAAGUAAAACAUACUUGAUUGGCCAUCUACGGAAUCAGUUGAGUUUCGAUCUAUGGUACAUCUUCUUGGGCGUGUUCUGUAUCUGUAUUGCAGAGAGUGAUCGGAUCAUGAGUCGAGAGGAUUGGGCCUUCUCCGUCUUCGCUAUCUUCUUCGAAGUUGUCUCUGCAUACGGCAACGUCGGUCUUUCGCUUGGUCACCCAUCCAACCUCACCUCGCUGUCUGGACACUUCAAUACCUUUGGCAAAGUGGUCAUUUGCGCUAUGAUGCUGCGUGGUAGGCACAGGGGUCUGCCGUAUAGCCUCGAUCGGGCCAUUAAUCUGCCUCACGAUCUUAUCACGGAUGAUAAUGAGAGCGAAAAAUAUAAAGACGAGGAUGCGGCGACGUCGGAGGCCGUGAGCGCAGACGGUAGUUGGGGAAGGAAGAUGAUAAAGAGCUUUACACAGUAA